AAAAGGUUUUAUCACUCGAGCUUGCGCUCGAAGCGCCGUCGAAGGGCGGGAACAACGUGAGUUGACACUGGCACCGGACACGGGGCAUGAAGAAGCCGCCGCUCGGAAGCAGAAACACGAUCGACGCCGUCGAGGAUGUCAAUGUGUCGGCAGCUUGCUGUCGGGGAAGAGACGGCGCAUCCAUGGCCGGUUGAUUCGACCGCAUGCGGCCCCAGCGCUGACUGCCAGCCCCUGACGCAAUCGAGCCGCGAGCUCUUGAGCGAGUGCGUGAGUGCGUGGGAAAGCUCGUGCGAUGCGAAGUUGCUGGCUGGUUCGGAGUGGAGGUGGAGCGAGGAUCGCCGAGAGACUAGAGUCUAGUCUAGCUAGGUCGUCUCCUCUUCUGGCUCUGAAUUCCGUGGAUUGACUUUUCCAGGGCGCAGGGAUUGAUGAUUCGGAGCUCGAGGAUUUAUGAUUCGGAGGUUUGAGUGAUGUUCGAGGGUGGGGGAAUAUAGGGAUUGGAAUUUUGAGCCAGCGCGUGAGGCCGGAACGGCAGCGAUGGGCGGGGUCCGUGGUAUGAAGCCUCGGGCGUGCUUCAUGCUGGUGGUCUUGGGAUUAUUGUUGGAAAUCGGAGCCAGCGGAGGAUCGCCUGUGUCCGAGCGGGAAUCUGCUGUUAGUCUGAUCCGGGGGAAGGCGCGGAGGCAGCGGCAGAGCUCUCAGGCGUAUGCUACUCUGUUGUACGGGGAUGAGUUUCUUCUCGGAGUGCGUGUGCUGGGCAAGUCUAUCAGAGAUACAGGGGCUGACAAGGAUAUGGUGGCUUUGGUUUCGAAAGGAGUUUCCCCCGGAGCUAUGGAGCUGCUGGAGGCAGACGGAUGGAUAGUGGAGCACAUAGAUCUUUUAGAGAAUCCCAAUUCAAAAUCCAAGCGACCAGCACGUUUCUGGGGUGUUUACACGAAAUUAAAAAUCUUCAACAUGACGUCCUAUCAUAAAGUGGUGUAUUUGGAUGCUGACACAAUCGUGACCAGAAGUAUCGAAGACCUGUUCCUUUGCCAAAAGUUUUGUGCUAAUCUCAAGCACUCUGAGCGACUGAACUCGGGGGUCAUGGUCGUCGAGCCUUCUCGAGAACUCUUUGAAGAUAUGCUGGCUAAAGUAACAGUUUUGAAAUCAUACACCGGAGGAGAUCAGGGGUUCUUGAACUCUUAUUACGAAGACUUUGCCAAUGCACGACUGUUUGAUCCUAAUAUGUCACCGGAAGAAAGAGAAAAGUAUCAUCCAGAGAUGGAGCGUCUGUCUACACUGUACAAUGCAGAUGUUGGACUGUAUAUGCUUGCGAACAAGUGGAUGGUGGACGAUGAAAGUGAGUUGCGGGUUGUGCACUACACUUUAGGACCUUUGAAACCUUGGGACUGGUGGACUCAUUGGCUCUUGAAGCCCGUCGAUCUCUGGCAGAACGCUCGUGUGACACUGCAAGAAUCUCUUCCAGGGACUAGAGCCGGCCAAAAUUCUCACACGCGUCUCGUAGUUCGAGUUCUAUUUCUGAUACCUUUGAUCAUCCUGGCCUUAUGUAAUCGUCGCUUGUUGUGCCAGAUCCACCAGGAUAUUUGUGGUCUCUUGUGCACUGGUUCUUUCUGUGGGUACGCUCGCCAGUUGUGGUACAAGUACACAGCCGGUAGUGCCUUGCCGAUUUACUCAAAGAUGACUGGGAGCCCGUCAAACCCUUCAUGUGGUCCGUACGUCACUGGUAGUGGAGGAACUCCGGGCAACACAAGAUUGCCCACUUAUUUAGGCAGUCUCUCAGUUGUGAUGUCUUUUAUAUGCGCGCUUGGAUCCUUCGCAGUUGCCGUUCUCCUCAUACCCCACCAAGUUAUGCCAUGGACAGGAAUGAUUCUGGCGUAUGAAUGGACUUUCUUCUUAUUCAUCGUCUUGUUUGGAAAGUAUUUGGAUGUGUUGUACGGACUUGGAAGAUCCUCCGCAACAGUGGCCUUUGCUUCAACCCCUUCCAGUCCAGAUGCCUCGACUUACAACUCUGGAAAGGGUCAUAGUCGUUCUACAGUGUUUUGGGAUGCCCAGACGGUAAUCUAUGGGCUGGGAAUGGCAAUCCUUGCAAUGGCCAUCCCCGCACUUCCUUUUAUGUUGGGAGUCAGCGCUCUCUUUGGAAGAUUGGGAUUGAUGAUUACCAUGGGAUUAGUGUUGGCUGCUUUUAUGACAUAUGCUUCCGAGCAUCUUGCGAUUCAAUGGUAUCUGCGAGGGCGAGAGGAGUGGAAUCAGGCUCGGGCACAGUCAGUUUGCUGCGGCGUAUGCUGACUGAACCAGAAUGAUGCGUUCCGAAGAAUAUACAGUUCUAGUCCCAGUAUGGUUUGCGAGCUUUCUUGGGCUGUAGGUCAAAGGUGUCUUUCGGAGGAGCCAAAAUAGUGAUGAACUUGCACAUUGCACAGAAAAUCACCACAGAAGACCAUUGUAGCUGUUUACAACCCUAGAACGCAACUGCAGAUGAAAUGUUUUCUGUGAUAGACGGUUAUCACAGAGCACCUACUUUGGGUCCAGAACAUUUACGUUUUUCCGGUUAGUUAGUGUUAAGUGUGUAGAAUUAGGCUCAAAAAAGGGUAUUCUUUGAAGAUGUUCGAAUCACAAUGAGUGGUGUAUAUUAUUGAUCGAAGAGGACUCGUCUCCUGAUGAUUUUCCAUCGGUUAUCAGUAAGUGAAGGCAAGGUACUACGCUUUCAAGGAAGGAAACCUUGUACAUACGCAAACCGAGCAUAGUUUGGAAUUUUCAUCUUUUAUAAUUGGUUGAAGCUGAAUAACUUUCAGCGAUUUGGGCAAGAACAUGCAGAUCUGUUGACGACAUAUUCCUUACUGGCUGUUUGGAAUUGAUCUAUCCCACACUGUUUUUUCUUCAAAACUGAAACAAUGAAUAGGAUGUCU